GGACGAAGCUACGCGCUGCACCGACCGACCAAACCCUAGGCGUUCGGCGGGCGUCACCACGGCGGCGAAGAAAGGGUGCCUCGCGUCGCCUUGGUGUCCCCGAAGUCGUCGACGGUGCAGCUCGAUCCGCCUCGUCGAGCAUGUCGAGGAGGGUCCCUUGCAAAUUCUUCUUGCAUGGAGCUUGCUUCAAAGGAGAUUACUGUGAAUUCUCCCAUGACUGCAAUGAUCAACCAGAUAAUGUUUGCACUUUCUACCAGAAAGGGACGUGCACCUUUGGUAGCCGUUGCAGAAAUGAACAUGUUGAAGUUCAUUGUAACUGCCCCCAACCAGCAACCACUGUAGCGCGUGCAUCCUCCAAUUCUUCUCAGCUAGUUGCUUCUUCCAGAGAUCCCCAUUGCAGCGAAUGCCAAACGGAUUUAUGUGACCAAACACAGCAGAUUUGCAAGUCAACAGCAGCACUUUCUGCACAUCAACCUGCAUGGGUUGUUGAUUAUCAUGACCAUGACACUCCAGAUGAUACUACAAGCUGGCCGUUGCACCAAGCUGUGCAAAAUCAAACAUCACAAUAUCCUGUUCAUCUGCCAAUUUGCUCUUCUACUGCUGAUGGCACUUGUCCUUAUGGGAAAGGCUGUUCUCAGAUGCAUGGAGAUCUGUGUGCAUUCUGUGAAAGACAGUGCAUGAAUCCUUAUCAAUCUGAUGAAAGGGGGGUACAUGUCAAGCUAUGCAAGAAAAACAAUAGAGUUCUUGAGGCCAUGAGAAGAAGUGAAGACAUAGAAUGUGGUGUGUGCUUGGACCGUGUGCUUUCAAAACCUACGGCAGCAGAAAGGAGGUUUGGGCUGCUAUCUGACUGCGACCAUUCCUUCUGUAUCUCAUGCAUUAGGAAUUGGCGUAGCACCUCUCCUACGUCUGGCAUGGAUGUCAACUCUACACUCAGGGCUUGUCCAAUUUGCCGCAAAUUGUCAUACUAUGUAGUUCCUAGCAUUACUUGGUACUCCUCAAAGGAAGAAAAGCAAGAAAUUGUUGAAGGUUACAAGGCCAAGCUCAGGUCUAUUGAUUGUAAGCACUUUGACUUCGGAAAGGGCACUUGUCCAUUUGGAAGCAGCUGUUUUUACAAGCAUGCCUACGAUGAUGGCCGUUUGGAAGACGCUUUAUUGAAUCAUCAUGAUGCCGACGAUGCAAGCGCAGCGAUUGCCAAACUUAUGAGGUUGUCGUACUUACUGACUCGGCUGCAUGUGUAAGGAAACUCAAACGUAUCUUUGAGCAAACAUUGCUGAGUUCGAUUGGAGUUCGUUGACCGAGCAGGCAACCUUGGAUUUCGCUUUGUAAUGGAUAUUAUAAAAAACAUCCAAAAAAAAGAGGGCAGUCAUUUCUGAAUUUUAUCUUUUCGCUGAAUGUUCAAAUCAUCAGAAGGAAGCAGUCCCAAUCGUGCCACUUCCACUUGGAAGCUAGCAUUUUCUAUCCGGGUUGGUACCUGAUUGGUGGUUGUGACCAAACUUAACUAUACCCAAUACUGGUGAUCCUCGUUUGUUGCAGCAUCUCUAGCAUUUCGUUUUUCCAGCCCCGAGAAAUGCUCUAUUGCUCUGUAAUUGAAGAGUGGAGAAAUGUUAAUCUCGAUCUUUAGUGCUGCUCGCCUGCUAUGGCGCGUGGAACUAAGUUCAGUUAAACCCAGCUAUGGGUAUUCUUUACCACGAAGGCCUUAUUCGGUUAUUCCCAAUACAGCCUUAUUCGGUUAUUCC